AUGACUGACAACAAAAUUCCUGUGUCAGAGAAGGAAAUGACGGUACAAAGACUUUCCUUUAUAAGCAAAGAAGAGCUUUGGAAACUUAUGUCUAAAGGGCACAUUGAUAUGAAAGAAGAUCCUAAUUUGCCAUGCAAAAUAUCAUCAGACGUGGAAGAAAAAACACAUAUUUGUGAAUUAUCACCAGUAUUUGCGGAACAUAUCUCCUAUCCUGUAGGCAAGAUUGACGUUCCUCAAAAGGCUGCUGAGAGCCUACCACUGUUUGCUAUACGUGCUCGCGACUUCGAAAUUCAAGCAUCGCUUCUUCAGCAACAGCAAGCAAGGCUUACUGCCAUGCAAACUUCAUUGGAAAAAGUCAACUUAGAAUUGACCGCUCUAACAGAAAAGUUGCUUCUAUUAUAUUAUAGAAAUAAUUCUAAAGUGAGUGCGUUAUCCUUUAAGAAGAGUCUGACUUCUUUUAUUCGACCCUUCCUAUAUUGUCUAAAGCUUCUCUUAAAGAAUUCUAUCGUGUUUCUAGCUGCCUGCUACUUUAUGAGGUCGUCUUCCUCAAACUGGAUAAUGAAUUGCAUCCGUCAGGCAUUCCUGCUUCUUCGUCGUUUAACAAAUUCUCCCACAUCCUCAAUUUCUAUUCUUCAUCUAAUUUUUAACUAG